AUGCGCUGCAGUACUAAUGAAUCCUCCACCGUGAUCUGUGGAUGCGCCCAUUCUGGACAUGACCUUUGUUUGCUGGCUCUCACUUCCGACAGGCGCGUGCUCGGCAAAUGGCCAAUGAGGAUAGAGACGAAAAUAGCACUUUUCACAACACCAUUCUGUGGUGUUUUGCCAUUUGCGAUUCACGUGGGACGUCACUCCAGAUUCCCUGGAAAUGGUGCCGCAGAUGCCCGUGGAUCUGGUAUUCGCCACACCUUGUGCCUUAAGCUUAAAUCCUCGAAAUGGAAGGCGCUGGUUCACCAGUCUGACAACUUGUCGAUUGCCAGAAGUACAGCAAAGACGUUCGUGACCAGAUCGAGGCCGGUGGACCACAGCCCUCCACCGCCAAACCAAACCCUCAUCUCAUCCCAAGAGCCCCAACUAUACCUAACCUCAACCCCCGAGGAAAUGAGAAAAUUUAAUGGCCGACCACGUCGUCUCCGAAUUUCACGAACUGCGCUCUUACAAAGUCGGCCUACUUCACAAGCUCGGCGGUACAACGGCAGGCAUCCGUACCACUUUGCCCAGCACCUCGUCCACAUCAUCGGCCAUGUGCUCGCCGAUAUCCACUGCAGCGAAAAACUCGGACGAUGGGCCAUGCUUCCACGAAACAGAUUGAACGCCAAGGAAAAACCUAUUCCACCAUUCCGAGCUAACAUGUGCGUAUUGCCAGCGGUACGGGCAUCCGAAGAAAGGUACUCCGUAUUUGCCCACAGUACAUCUCCUUCUGCCAUGCACCCUCUUGUUGGGAUAUUCCGAAUCGUUCGACGCCUUUUGUGCUUGAUUCGCCCAAGUAUAGCAAAGUUGUUAUACGAGAUACGUCCUUGUCCAGUCAGCAUCCGCCUAGCACCUGCUCGUCGAUCGCUGCGACAUCAGACCGGAGCCCUCGAGUCAGUGUACCGCAGCAUUGCGACGUUUUGUAAUUUUAUGUCGCCAUUGCCUUAG